AUGCUUGUCUGUCAUUGUAGGGUACUGACUCAGAGCUAUCAGCAAAUCCUGGCAUUAGUGUUCGCUGUAAAGGAGAUUAAUGAAAGCCCCUGGAUCUUGCCCAAUAUCACCUUGGGCUUUGAUAACAAUAAUAAUGAGUUCAGACCACAAUGGAUUUAUCUGGCCUCAAUGGAAUUCCUCUCCUCACAAGACAGAUUCAUCCCUAACUUCAAGUGUGACACCGAAACGAACACAAUCACAGUUAUGGGGGGACCAGAUUCUAAAACCUGCCUUGACAUGGCCACCACUUUGUUCAUCUAUAAAAUCCCACUGAUGAUAUACAGUUCUUCUCCAGUAAUGAAUAACAAAGAAGAAGCUCACUUUUUUCACCGGAUGUUCCCAAAUGCUAAUCAUCAGGAUAUGGGAAUUCUCAGAUUGCUGCUUCAUUUCAGUUGGGUCUGGAUUGGCGUCAUUUCUCUUGAUGAUGAUAAUGGAGAAAGAUUUGUACAACAUAUGCUUCCUGUAUAUGCCCAGAGAGGUAUCUGCUUUGAGUUCAUAGAAAGAUGUUGCAUUGAAUCUGGUUGCAAGGAUGGUGCAGAGGUACUGUUAGAAUGGCUUCCAAUAUCAAAAGUCAUUCUGGCAAGUACUUCCAAUGUGAUCAUUGUAUAUGGUGAAAUGCAGACUAUGAUAGCCUUGAGAGUGUUGAUUGUGUUACCACAAAUGGACGAUCAAGAAAUUAAAUCAAAAGUAUGGCUUAUGACAGCCCAAAUGGAAUUCACAUCACUUCCCUUUCAAAAAGAAUGGGAUCUAGAUUUCAUCCAUGGUUCUUUGUCAUUAGCAGUUCAUCGGCAGGAAAUGUUAGGAUUCCAGAAAUUUAUUCAAGUCAGGAAUCAUACUGCAGAAAAAAAGGAUGGUUUUGUGAAAGACUUCUGGGAACAUGCAUUUAAUUGUUUCUUUCCCAACUCUAAUGAAUAUGGAAAAGCCUGCACUGGGGAGGAGAAACUGGAAAUACUUCCUGGAUCGGUUUUUGAGAUGAGCAUGACUGGUCAAAGCUACAACCUCUAUAAUAUUGUCCAUGCUGUGGCACCUGCUUUGCAUGACAUGCUUUCAACCAAAUCCAAACACCAAACAAUCACAGAUGAGAAAAAAAUGAAACUUCCAAAUAUAAAGACUUGGCAGCUACACUAUUUUUUAAGACGAGUGUCAUUUAACAACAAUGCCGGGGAAAAAGUUUCCUUUGACCAAACUGGGGAAUUGGAAGCUGGUUUUGAUAUUGUGAACUGGGUCACCUUCCCAAACCAGUCUUUUGUUAGAGUCAAAGUUGGAAAGAUUGAUCCCAUGGCUUCCCUAGAACAUGUGUUCACCAUUCAGGAAGAUGCCCUUGUCUGGCCUCAGAGAUUCAACCAGGCACAGCCUUUGUCUCUCUGUAAUGACCAUUGUGCUUUAGGUCAUUUUAAAGCACAGAAAGAAGAUCAGCCAUUCUGCUGUUAUGAUUGUUUCCCAUGUCCAGCAGAAAAAAAUUCAAACCAGAAAGAUAUGACUAAUUGUUUUGAGUGCCCAGAAGAUCAAUAUCCAAAUAAUUUUCAAGAUUCCUGUAUCCCCAAAGAUAUAACUUUCUUAUCCUAUGAAGAACCACUGGGGAUCAGUUUAACUGUUUUUGUUCUUUCACUGUCAUUCAUCACAAUUUUAGUGCUUCUAAUUUUCAUUAAGUGCAGGAACACUCCCAUUGUCAAAGCCAACAACCGGAACCUCACCUACAUUCUUCUCAUUUCCCUUCUUUUCUCUUUCCUUUGCACUUUGCUCUUCAUUGGUCAAUCUCAGAAGGUCACCUGUCUUCUUCGACAAACUUCUUUUAGCAUUAUCUUCUCAGUGGCUAUUUCUUGUGUGCUUGCUAAAACCAUCACAGUGGUUCUAGCUUUUCUGGCCAUGAAGCCAGGGUCCAAGAUGAGGAAAUGGGUGGGAAAGAGAUUGGCUAACUCUAUUAUUCUUUCCUGCUCCUUUAUUCAAACCACUAUUUGCACUAUCUGGUUGUCAACCUCUCCCCCCUUCCCAGAUUUUGAUAUGUACUCAAUGAGAAAAGAAAUUGUGCUUGAAUGUAAUGAAGGCUCAGCAAGCAUGUUCUAUUCUGUCCUGGGAUUUAUGGGCUUCCUGGCCGUGGUGAGCUUUACAGUGGCCUUCCUAGCUAGGAAGUUACCUGACAGCUUCAAUGAAGCCAAGUUCAUUACAUUCAGCAUGCUGGUCUUCUGUAGUGUUUGGUUGCCUUUUGUUCCAACCUACUUAAGUACCAAGGGAAAGUACACGGUGGCUGUGGAAAUUUUCUCUAUUCUCAGCUCCAGUGCUGGAUUACUGAGCUGUAUCUUCUUCCCCAAAUGCUACAUUAUUUUACUGCAACCUGACUUAAAUAAUAGAGAACAAUUAAUAAGAAAUAGGAAGUCAAGAAACUGA